UGUCAAUUGUGUCAGUGUCAUUUGGAAUUCGAAUUAACGACGUUAACGUACAUCUGCGUAUAUCGCGCUCAUAAUUUAUCAUAUAAUCAUAAACAAUUAACUAUUGUGGAAGUAUCUGCAGAUUUCAUAUGCUCUUUUUACAUUAUGAGCUGCAGCAAAAAUGAUUCUGAAACGACCACAGGGUCUGCAACUAAGAACUAUAAACUCCCUUUUAGCAUGGAAUCAAUUGCAAGGGACAUAGCUGCAAUGAAUGGAGUGAAGUAUGUACCAAAAAACUGGGCCAGUGGAGAAAAGAGAAAACCAAACGAUGAUUGUCCUAGUAGUAGUAGACCAAAAAGGAAGCUCGUACGAUUAAAUCUCGAUGAAUUACGUAGAGAGUUGGCAGGGUCAGUCAAGAAACCGAGUUCAAGUACCAGUGCAGGCAAUUUCCAAAGGAGAUCGACAAUAUCUAGAAGACCCAAAUUAACAAGUUCGCCAAAUAAACGAAGAGCAUCUGCUGUAUCAAAGAGAUCAUCUACAAACGAUUUAAAUAGGCCCUCUAUAGUAACAAGAAGCUCAAUGACAAAUUUACGACAAGAACCUGCAGUAGCUAGAAGGGGUUCAAUAGCAACAAGAAGCGCAUUUACUAAUAUGCAGCAAAAGCAAACCAAACAAACAAAUGAUCCAGAAAGUGUAGUGGCGAAAAGAAGAAAAUUGGAGUACGGCAAACAUCCUGCAGGAAGAGGACUAUUUUUAAAUGUCCCACCUGUAACCAGAUCUGCGAAAGGACCAUCGUCACCUGUACCGAAUUCUCCUUUACUCAACAUGGAAGAGGUCGAAGAUGAUUGGAUAAACAACAGGGAAGUGAUAAAAAAAAACUGCAACAAAGAAAACGCGGUCAAUUCAGCAUCGAAAGCCAAUACAUUAGCUACUAUCGCAGAAGAAUGUGACAUGGAAAACAGGAAUAAAGUUCCAGACGAAACAACUCCUAGUACUGAUCGAGAAUUUGAGCUUCUCGAAGAAAUGUGCACCAACUCCCAAACACCUGUGACUGCGAUAAGCAACCUUUUGAAGGGCACAAAUAUCGGUAGUAGCAAAAAGAAAGCCAGUAAAACAGCGGCUGGAAGCUCAUUGGAAGCCAAGUUAAAAGAGGAAUGCGAAAAGCACGAGAAAAUAUUGAAAAAAGAAAACGAGCGACACUUGAGCGAAAUCCUCAGGAUCCUCAAUUCCAAAGACAUCAACUCGAAUAGCCUUAAAGCGAAUGUUCCGCUGGUGUUACUGUCGUCUCCGACUUCUUGUAAUUACAAAGAUUUAAGGAAGAGUACAUUGAAAAAGAAUUUGGAAACUAAGCAGCUGUGUUUGAGCCCCCAAUCCAAAGGCAUGGAAUACUAUAACUCUGUGAAGCAAGUAUGCAAUAUUCUAGAGACGCCUAAAUCGGAAAGAGCAGCAACGCCUAGCACAAGAAGUAUUUCCAUGAAAGUUCGAAAUCAGUGCUUCAUGUUAGCCGAGACGCCAAAAAUCACAAAAGAUUUUUAAGCUUUUUUUAAUGUUUAUUUAUUCUAACUUUUUAC